AAUCAACAUUUAAAUUUAUUUUGAUAAGACGCACCUAUUCCCGGGGUGGCCAGGUAUAAAUGUUUUUGCAGACAUCAUAUUUCAGUUAGGACAACUAAGACAAACUUCAUGAGAUGGAUGUUGCAGUUGUAGUCCUGUUUUUGGCUGGUGCUGCGCCAGUAGCGCUAGGUUUAGAGCCGUUGCCAGAUCGUGACACUUUGACGAAGCUCCUCGAUGAAUUAGAUAACACCACAGUUUCUAUGUCUCCAUGUCGCAAUACAGUCACAGGAUUAUUGAAGAUGCGUCAUGGGUUUCAUAUAGGCUAUUUAGAUCAGUUGCCACUCUCUAUUGGGCGGCCCGACGGAACAAGGCGAGCUAUUUUGGAUUACACGUGUGCUGAACGCAAGAAGUGGCGGAAUCCAUACAACAAUAGAGAAUACGACAAACCUGAUCAAAUCUCCAACGUUUUUAGCUUACCAAGGGGGAUCACGGUGUUUGACUCGUACCUCUGGAAGGACUACAACGAGAUAAAGAGAGACUGGUCUAUUAAUGCUGGAACGGACAUACUCGGUAUAUUUGGUUUUAGCGGGUCAUAUUCCCAGCUUCACCACCGCAUUACUGCAGAGAGACGAUUCUUAGAAGAUGUCACCAGUUUUGUAUCUGGAUUUCAAGCGGACUACAAACCACCAUGGCAAUUACAGGUGAACAGUGGUGCGAAGCAAUUUAUUGAUAACUUACUCGCUAACACAUAUGAAGGUAGCAUGGACGCGUAUGAUACAUUCGUCGACUAUUAUGGAACUCACUACUACGGGCAAGGCAAAUUUGGAGGUUUGGUAAAAAUGACUUUGGAGACUGACAAAGAUCUAGUAUUCCAAUUGGGAGCUAACUCGGCCAAAGCAAAUGCGGAGGCAAUGUUUAAGGCUUUCCUUUUUGACAUUGGGGCGAGCAGCAACAAUGCUAGGGUUGACGCCCGGUUCAGGGCAAGAACAAGGGAUGCAAGGCGAUAUUUUGGUGGUUCAGAGAACUUACUAGACAAACAAUUCUAUCGUAAAUGGCUACCAACUGUACCUUCCAACCCUUGGUUGUUCGCUGGGGAGCUGAAGCCAUUGUCCCUUUUGUUCCCACAAGCCAAGAUAGCUGGAAUGGACAGAGCCAUUCAGGUGGGCUUAAACAAAGCUAAACUAAACGAUAUGAAGGUGGGCUUAAAUAGUUACAUAUCAAAUCUACAGAACAUGGAAAUCACUGGUCAUCCAGAUAAAACGAGAUGGAACUCAUGCAACGGCUCAAGUCCCGACAGACAGUGUAAUCUGGCCCCAGUCCCUAUUAUUGGCUGUACAAUAACAGGUUGUAGAUGGAAUGGAUGGCAAAGACGAAGAAGUCAAUACAUAGCCGAGGCUCGUGCUCAUCUCACCAGAGUAACUGCUGAGGAGCGUAAGAAGGGUAGGGAUGAUGCUGGUGUUAACAGAGUGUGGUCGCAAACGCAGAGAAUUCUACUUAAGAUGGAUACAAGGACCCCAUUAGUGACCAAAAACCUUAUUUGGACUACCAACGUCUGUCGUUGUGCGGUUCGCAGAUGUAGAUGUUUACGCAGCAAUCGACCUAUUGCAACUGUUAAAACUGCACAACCAUUCUUCAAGCAGGUAGUAAUUUAUAAACUUUUACCCGCUCGUUCAAUCGAUGCAAUUGAGAAUUGCGUACUUCCGUAUCUCGUUCUCAUUGGUUAG